AUGUCCGCUGAAAUGGGGAAGACCGCUGUGGGCUACGCUCCCGUGGAGACUGCUGGCAAGAUGGUCAUAGGUGCCUUCGACGAUGACGAGGACGACCUGGAGGGUGCGAAGGUUGUGACAGCACCUCCACCUCCAAAGGUGGAUCAGGCUGACUUGCCGCUGAGACAAGUGGCCUUUGCCGUCGGCCUCUAUGCGGCUUGCUCAUCCACUCUGCUGCUAAUCAACAAGGUGGCGAUGAGUUUCGUGCCCGACGCCUCCUUCAUCCUCUUCUGCCAGUUUGUAUCCUCGUCGCUCACGGUGAGGUUCCUCAAGUGUGCUUCUCCGGACACGGACAUUGAGCUGAUCCGCUGGGAGAAAGCGCGCCCUUUCUUCCUCGCGUGCUUGGUCUUUUUCUUGUGCCUCCUGGCCAAUACUCAAGCACUGAAGUCCGUGAACGUAGAGACGGUCAUCGUUGCACGAUCAUGCUCGCCAAUUGCAGUCUCAGUCUUAGAGCAUUUCACCUUGGGUAGGGCCUUGCCGAACACGCCGGGACUGCUCUCACUGCUGGCCAUUGCUGGCGGAGCCGUUAUGUACGUAGUAACCGACCAGGGCUUCCAAAUCGAAGGCUACACUUGGCUGCUCCUCUACUUCGUGUUCAUAGUGGUGGAGAUGGUUUUCGUGAAGUUCGUUGUAGACACAAUCCCCAUGUCGACUUGGACCCGUGUCUACUACAACAACACGCUGUCCAUCCCCAUGGUGCUGGUCUCGUCAGUGCUUACCGGCUUCGGCGCCUUCGCGCAGGUGGAAUGGGGGGUGGCUCACGUUGUGAUGGUGGCGCUUUCCUGCGUGGUGGGUGUUGCUAUUUCCUACGCAGGGUUCAACCUGCGCAAAGCGGUGUCUGCAACGUCCUUCACCGUUAUCGGCGUCCUAUGCAAGCUCCUGACUGUCCUUCUCAACGACACGGUCUGGAACAACCAUUCCAACUUCAUGGGCCACCUGGGCCUGCUUGUGUGCAUCGCCGCAGGCUUCGCCUACGAGCGGACAAAGGUGCUGAAGUAG